AUGCCCGAAAGUACACUUACAAAAAAUACGAUGUCACUGCAUACUCCGCAAGAUACAGCUUCUAGUAAUCAAGUUGCGCCGGUUGGCAGGGAUUCUCGAGCAAUAAAUAGAGAAAGUUCGGGUUCUCCACUUGAUGAAAGUCAACAAACAGCAAUCCCAACGAAAAAAUUCAAGAAAAACGUAGAUUUAAAUGAUCCUUGUCCUGAAGGACAAAAAGCAUCUAAGUGGAAAUACCCAAACUGGACCCUCAAAACAGUAUAUUUCAAUGACAACAAUCAAAGUCCAAUGUCUCUUUCUUGCGAAAAGCUAGGAAUAUUACGUUGGCUAGGUCUUAAUCAAACUGGAGACCUGGAAAUGUCAUUGGGCACGAAAGGCAAGAUGUACCGUUAUCAAUUUAUUGAAAACGGGUCAAAGACAGACACUCUUGUUAUUGAAGCAAUCCAUGAACCGGACCGCAUUAUUAAGUUCACUGUUUGUCGAUCAAGCUGCGCACAAGUAAAUGAUGAACAAUCUCAGAUAUCUUCUGAUAAUGAAAAUUUGAGUGGCACGAAUCGUAAAGAUAAUUUCUCUAUACAAAUGAAAUUGAUUAAUGUUACAAACGUCGAUUUGCCUGGUUCGUCAUCUUUUGAAAGUUUCAAAUUGUCGCCUUUAAACUUUAUUGGAGAUUAUCGACCAAAUACUAUUGGUCAAACUAUUGGUCAAGCACCAACAGAAAUUAUAAAUGAACGAAAUCUGGAUACUAACCAAUCAAUUGAUGAUCUUAUUGUCAGAAACUAA